AUGUCUAUUUUUGGUCGUGAAUUGGUCAAACUUUUAAGAUGUUUUAAAAACAAUUAUUGUAAAAACAACAAUAACAAAUAUUACAACUACCACCAAAUACCAAUAUUAGAAAGUAACAAGGGACCAAUUAAAUUCCAAUCGAUCAAAUUUCUCUAUUCGAAAUCUUUUACGGACGUUUAUUACGACGAUGAUGAUAAAAAUUAUCCAUUAUCCACACAAGAUAUUUGGUUGAGAGAACGAGAUGGAAAAUGGGAAUGCAAGACACCGAUGAAUCUUACACCGUCAAUGGAUUCGUAUCACGAACUUGUAACACAUCAAGAAAUUGAUAAAUAUCUCAACAAGAAACUUACUCCAUCUUCAUCUAGCAAUGAUGAUGAUUUUUCGUCGAGAAUAUCAUUUAAAAAUCGAAUAAUUAAUCGAUACGGAUUGAAUGAGUUUUGUAGAAUAACAACAACUCGAAAACAUUAUUUUGUUGAUGAAGAGUUCACACUUGAUUUGGAUACAACAGACUUUGGACAUCAUAUUGGUGAAUUGGAAUUGGUGGUUGGGAAUGAGGAAGAUGUUCCAAAAGCCGAAUUCAAAAUUGCUCAAUUUUUAAAGAAGCAUGAUUGGUUUUUUGAUACCACUAGUGAAGUUGUUAUGGGAAAAUUGACCGCAUAUAUAAUGAAAUUUAAUCGAAAGCAAUGGGAGUGUAUGGAAAAGUCUGGAAUUUUAAAAAAGAAAUUGUUUCCAGAGAGUAUGGAUGAUGUUGUUAAUAAAGGAACUAACUAA